AUGGAAAAUACAAAAUGCUACAAAGACUACGUUUUAUUCGAGACAUUUGAUCGAUGUUCCCAUGACGCUUUUUCUAUUGGUCCCAUGAGUUUUUGCAACAAAAUUUUGAAGGAUUUCAACAAAAACUCGCCAGGAAUCCUGCCUUCAUGUGUUGUCGAUUAUCUGGAGAAGCAUCAAGCCGCUCGUCAAUACUAUCUCGGUUGUGAUGGAACAUUGAAAUUCGAGGAUCUAGAAGUCUUCAAUUCUACGGAUUCUACAAAUUGA